CUCUGUAAAUUCCUCAAACAUCAGCGGUGAGCGCACCCCCUCAACCACCACUGGCACUUCCUUUUUUUCACUCCACCACGCUCUCCUCCAAUCUCCAGCGAAAACCCACACGCUCUCAUCACCCUCUACUCCCCCAAGGAUUCCCCCAAAAGCCCCCCAAAAUUGGCCCAGAUCCGAAACCCUAACCCUGAAAAUGGAGGAGGCUCUCGAGAUGGCGCGAGCCAAGGACACAAAAGAGCGAAUGGCCGGCGUCGAGCGCCUCCACCAGCACCUCGAGUCCUCGACCAAAACCCUCUCGUCGUCGGAGGUCACCUCCCUCGUCGAUUGCUGCACGGAUCUGAUGAAGGACAACAAUUUUAGGGUUUCGCAGGGCGCGCUGCAAGCGCUGUCGUCUGCCGCUGUUCUCUCGGGCGAGCACCUGAAGCUUCAUUUCAACGGGUUGGUGCCGGCGAUCGUUGAGAGGUUGGGCGAUGGGAAGCAGCCGGUUCGGGAUGCGGCUAGGCAGUUGUUGAUCACGUUGAUGGAGGUCUCGUCACCCACCAUCAUUGUGGAGAGAGCUGGAAGUUACGCCUGGUCUCAUAAGAGUUGGAGAGUACGUGAAGAGUUUGCCAGGACGGUUGCAGCAGCAGUCGGUCUUUUUGCUUCUACUGAGCUCACUCUCCAAAGAGUUCUUCUUCCUCCUGUUUUGCAACUAUUAAAUGACUCAAACUAUAGUGUUAGAGAAGCUGCUACUUUCUGCAUUGAGGAGAUGUAUAGGCAGGUUGGUUCUCAAUUUCGCGAAGAACUGCAGCGGCAACAUUUUCCUUCAUCAAUGAUGAAAGAGAUUAACGCAAGACUAGAAAAGAUAGAGCCCAAAGUAAACCCAUCAGAUGGUGCUGGGACGCUGACUCGCUUUGUACCUGUAGAAACAAAAUCGUAUACUCCUGCACAUAGAAAGGGAAGCCCAAGGGCUAAGAGCACUCCAAGAGAAACAUCAUUCUAUGGAGCUGCAGGGGAGGCUGACGUUACUGAAAAGCCUGUGGAUCCGAUAAAGGUCUACUCUGAAAAAGAGUUGAUUCGAGAAUUCGAGAAGAUAGCAUCUACUCUAAUACCAGAGAAAGAUUGGUCAUUCCGUAUAACUGCCAUGCAAAGAAUUGAAGGACUGGUUUUUGGAGGCGCUGCCGACUACCCGUCAUUUCCAAUGCUCUUAAAGCAGCUUGUUUCUCCUCUGAGUACUCAACUAUUGGAUCGACGGUCUAGCGUAGUAAAACAGGCCUGUCAUCUGCUAAACCUACUAUCUAAGGAACUUUUGGGAGACUUUGAGGCUUGCGCAGAGUUGUUCAUACCGGUGUUAUUUAAACUUGUAGUGAUAACUGUCCUUGUUAUUGCUGAGUCUGCUGACAAUUGCAUAAAGACGAUGUUGCGGAACUGUAAGGUUGCUCGUGUUCUUCCUCGGAUAGCUGAUUCUGCAAAGAAUGACAGGAGUGCGGUUCUUCGUGCCAGGUGCUGUGAAUAUGCAUUACUGAUACUCGAAUACUGGGCUGAUGCUCCUGAAAUACAGAGAUCAGCGGAGCUUUAUGAAGAUCUCAUAAAGUGUUGUGUUGCAGAUGCAAUGGGUGAGGUGCGCUCAACUGCUCGAAUAUGCUAUCGGAUGUUCACUAAAACUUGGCCAGAGCGAUCUCGUCGCCUUUUUUUAUCCUUUGAUCCUGUCAUACAAAGGAUAAUAAAUGAUGAAGACGGAGGCUUGCACAAAAGAUAUGCUUCCCCCUCACUUCGCGAAAGAGGAGCACAGCUUUCACGUGCUCCUUCUCAUGCCCCUACAUCAAAUAUUCCUGGAUACAGUACUUCUGCCAUUAUUGCAAUGGACAGGAGUUCAACUGUUGCACCCUCUUUAUCUUCAGGUUCUCUUCUUUCAUCACAGCUAAAGCCACCUGGGAAUUCUUCGGAGAGAAGUCUUGAGAGCAUGCUGCACUCCAGCAAGCAAAAAGUUUCUGCCAUUGAAAGUUUACUGAGAGGCAUUAACAUAUCUGAUAAAUCAAAGUCUUCAAUUACACACUCAACCAGCUUGGAUCUAGGAGUUGACCCUCCAUCGGCCCGUGAUCCACCAUUUCCUACUGCAGUUUCUGGUUCAAAUAAUCUCCUUUCAAGGAAUUCAGUCGAUUCAGCUGUUGGUGAUAUCACAAAAGGCAGCAGCACAAGGAAUGGAGGUUCAAAUUUGACUGAUCUCAUUGGUUUUCAGAGCUCAAGAGAUUCAACUAAGUCAUCCUACCAAAGCAAACUGUCCUCUGAUUCUCUGUCUUCAUUGUCAUUGGCCACGGCUAGAAGAUCUGGAAGAUCGCUAGAUGGAAAUUUUGAAGACAAUACUGAUAUCAGAUCAACGAAGCGUUACACAAAUGUGCAUAUGGAGAAACAAUUCUUUGAUGCACAUUACAAGGAUUCUGGCUUUAGGGAUUCACAUAAUCAUUAUGUUCCUAAUUUUCAGAGGCCACUUCUUAGAAAGCAGGUUACUGGAAGGGUUUCUGCAAGUGGCAGAAAUAGUUUUGAUGAGAGUCAGACCUCAAUGGCUGAAAUGUCUAAUUUUGCUGAGGGCCCUGCAUCUCUUGGUGAUGCCCUUACUGAGGGUUUGAGUUCCAACUCAGAUUGGGUUGCUAGAGUUUCUGCUUUUAAUUAUCUUCGAAAUUUGCUACAGCAAGGACCGAGAGGGGUUCAAGAAGUUACACAGAAUUUUGAGAAGGUCAUGAAGUUGUUCUUUCGACAUUUGGAUGAUCCCCACCAUAAAGUUGCACAAGCAGCUCUUUCAACACUUUCAGAGAUUAUUCCGGCGUGUAGAAAGCCAUUUGAAAGUUAUCUUGAAAGAAUUCUACCAUAUGUUUUUUCUCGAUUGAUUGACCCAAAGGAAUUAGUUAGGCAGCCAUGCUCAACAACUCUGGACAUUGUUGGUAGAACAUACAGCACUGAUUCUUUGUUGCCUGCUCUUUUGCGGUCUCUUGAUGAACAGAGGUCCCCAAAGGCAAAAUUAGCUGUUAUUGACUUCGCAAAUAACUCCUUCAACAAACAUGCAGCAAAUUCUGAUAGUUAUAAUAAUAGUGGGUUUCUCAAGCUAUGGCUUGCUAAAUUGGCACCUUUAGUAAAUGAUAAAAAUACAAAGCUCAAGGAAGCAUCUAUUUCAGGAAUCAUAUCUGUUUACACGCAUUUUGAUUCAACAGCGGUGUUGAACUUUAUUCUUAGUUUGUCAGUUCAAGAACAGAACUCAUUGCGGCGAGCGCUUAAACAGUAUACCCCUCGUAUAGAAGUUGACCUGAUGAACUAUUUACAGACUAAGAAAGAACGUCAACGUUCCAAAUCUUUUUAUGACCAGUCUGAUGUCAUUGGAACUUCUUUUGAGGAAGGCUAUAUAGGAACAUCUAGAAAAAGUCAGCUUUUUGGCAGGUACUCAGCAGGAUCAGUUGAUAGUGAAAGUGGAAGAAAGUGGAGUUCCAUGCAGGAAUCAACUCAGAUUGAUGCUUCAGUUGGUCAGGGAAUAUCUGAUGAAACUCGACACCCUCAUCGAAACAUUGAACCUGACUCUGAUACAGAGCUUCUAGGUCAAAAGAGCAGGGAAAUGAAAUUCAAUGCCAAUCGCCAAGUAGACCGUAGUGAGGCAUGGACAACUUCCAUCGACAAAGCAGAUCAAGGUGCUGAACAUGAGAGUUCAUUGGGAACUCCACGACUAGAUAUUAAUAAACUUUUGAGUCAUGAUGGGCCCAUGGUUAGCGGGUUGACUUCUAGUAAUGACAUUAUUCAAGAUAGGGAGCCUAUAGAUGAGAAGCUUAGUCCUGCAAAGGGCAAUUCUCAUGUUGAUAACAGUCCAAGCAUCCCCCAGAUCCUACACCGGAUUUGCAGCAGUGGUGAUGAUACAUCAGCUUUGAAUAAACGGGAAGCAUUGCAACAGUUGGUUGAAGCUUCGAUGGUUAACGAUAGUACUGUAUGGACCAAGUACUUCAACCAAAUCUUAACAGCAGUACUUGAGGUGUUGGAUGACCCUGAUUCGUCUACCAGGGAGCUCGCUCUUUCUUUGAUAGUUGAGAUGCUCAACAAUCAGAAAGAGUCAAUGGAAGAUUCAAUGGAGAUCGUUACCGAAAAGUUAUUACAUGCAGCUAAAGACGGAGUUGCAAAGGUCUCAAAUGAAGCACAUAAAUGUUUGACUAUUCUUCUAGCUCAGUACGACCCAUUUCGAUGUCUUACUGUUAUUGUUCCUUUAUUGGUUAGUGAUGAUGAGAAGACCCUUGUUAUUUGCACCAACUGUUUGACCAAGCUUGUUGGUCGGCUUUCACAGGAGGAAUUGAUGACACAAUUGCCUUCAUUUCUGCCUGCACUUUUUGAUGCUUUUGGGAACCAGAGUCCGGAUGUUCGUAAGACGGUGGUGUUUUGUUUGGUGGACAUAUACAUCAUGCUUGGAAAGGCAUUUCUUCCUUAUUUGGAAGGGCUUAGCAGUACUCAGCUGAGAUUGGUAACUAUUUAUGCUAACAGGAUUUCUCAGGCAAGAUCUGGCACGACGAUCGACGCUAACCAUUGACGAGUGUGCAUCCUCUCAUUUUUCUUUUUUGUUUGGUGGGUGAGUAUUUGGGCAUUUCUGUUGUUUAUUCAAUUAUUGUGUAUUUGUAUAGUGUAAAAUGUGUCCCAUUUGGCUUUUUACAAGUUUGUGGUUUUUUGUGGCGACGAGGAUGUGGCUGAGUGUAAAAUUCAUGGUGAGACUUGGGUGUUUUUGUAAUGGAUAGGGAGUUCUAGAAAUGUUCUCCCAUUUAGUAGAGUUCCAUAUAUCAGUAUUUGGUACAACUUAUCUAUUUGUUGUAGCAGACCUCGUGUACAUAUUGGUUUUAUUUGUGAUGAAUUUGUCAAAUGUUUCUUCAA